UUGUCAAAUAUUCUAACCACAAGAAUCGUAAAUUCUUUAAAUUAUUAUACAAAUAAUUAUUAUAAUGCGGUUAAAUUCACUUGUAUAUCAUUGAAACAUCUCUUACUAUAAAAAUCCAGCUUAUUUAUAUUACGGUUUAGUCAGAAAACCAAUAUGCUACCCGUUCUCUUAAUGAUGAAUCGAAUGUCCAGGCGAAGACGAUUAGUAAAAACACAACAAAUCGAAAAGAAACCAGCUGAGAAAGAAUGUUGUAGAACGUGUUUAAGCACUGAAAACUUAACAGCGAUAUUCGUUAGUAGAGAUAUGAAGAAAAAACGAUCUGACGAUCUUAAACUCGUAACUGGCUUACAGAUUCAAUACAAUGAUGGGUUAUCACAAAAAAUGUGUACCAAGUGCGUAGAAAUUAUGAAAAUUGCAUUAAAAUUCAGGAACACAAGUCGCAAAGCACAAAAGACACUACUAAAUAUGAAUCCAGAUAAAGUUAUUCCCCGAACUGAUAUUUUCACUUCUAAAGUGCAAAAAGUUGAGGUUGACGUACUUGAUAAUGAUUGCGCUUAUGAUUAUUAUCAAGAUGACUUUCAAAAUGCUGAUUACGAGCCUUAUGAAGAACCUAAGAAGUUUAGACAGAAACCCACAAUAACAAAGAAGAAAAGAGACAAAAUACCAACAGCUACAUCAUAUAAAUGCAAUACAUGUAACAAGGAGUUUAGAAUGAAAGCAACAUACAAGGCACAUAUGAGGUUUCAUACAAAUUAUUGUGUGUGUGAGUCGUGCGGCAAGCGCUGUCGCAACAACAACCAACUGCAAGAGCACAAGCGCGCCCGCCACGGGCUCGGCCGCAUACACAAGUGCGCGUACUGCGAGUACAGCUCGGCUACCAAAGAGGCGCUUACCAUUCACGAACGACGGCACACGGGCGAACGGCCGUACAUUUGCGAUCACUGCGGUGCGACUUUUCACAGACGGUCGAACCUGGUACAGCAUAUUGCUAUUCAUCUGCCGGAGAAGAACUUUCAGUGUGACAUGUGCCCAAAGCGUUUAAAAUCCAGAAAGUUCCUCCAAAUACACAAACACAAUGCACAUACAGGCAAAAGGUACGGCUACCUCUGUCCAGUGUGUGACCAUCGCUUCGAAAAGCCGAACAAAGUCAGGGCGCACACUAGGCGUGUACAUGGUCUGCCUGAUGAUCAACACGGGCCAAUAGUUAGAGUACAGUUGUGAAAUGAUUAAGAGGAAGAGAAAGGAGUUUGAGAAAUAUAUUGAACUAGCUGUGCUCCGCGGUUUUACCCACAGUGCUCUGCUCCUGUGGGUGUUAACGAGAUGAUAUAUAGCCUAUAGCCUGCCUCGAUAAAUGGGCUA